CCAUCUUCCGGCGUCAUGCUCGGUCGAUGUCGCCUUCUCACAACAUCGGGCUAGAGCUGCGGCUGGGAGCUAACGUGAACGCAGUUGUAACAACACACAGAGGCGAACACACACAACUGAAACAUGUCAGACUCGGAGACAAAACCAUCCAGCCAAGACGGCGGGGACAAGAAGGACGGAGAGUACAUCAAGUUAAAAGUGAUCGGUCAGGACAGCAGUGAAAUCCACUUUAAGGUGAAAAUGACGACACAUUUAAAAAAGCUGAAGGAGUCCUACAGCCAGAGACAGGGCGUCCCAGCAAGCACACUACGGUUCCUGUUUGAAGGACAGAGAAUCGCAGAUAACCAAACUCCGAAAGAGCUGGGGAUGGAGGACGAGGAUGUCAUCGAGGUUUAUCAAGAACAGACCGGUGGACUUUGGAACAAUUAAACCCCCCUGCAUUUCUAAAUCUUUCUUUUUUUUCUUUUCUUUUUUCUGAUUUUGUAUUUUAUUUUGUAUGUAUGUUCGAUUUUUCGUUCAGUUUCAAACCAUCUGGAUCAAAACCGACUAUCAGGGCUUCCAUGCGUGAAAGGGAGGUGAAUAAUCUGAGGUAAGCGGACGAGGAAAAGGACAACGGGUCUCUUAUUCUGAAGUGCAGGGAUGCUUGUGCUUUUGGCCCGAGCAAUAGCGUUCAGUAGUAUUGGAUCUUGUUUGUGGUGUCUUUUUGUUUCCUUUAUCAUGUCUUGUUGACGAUGUCGGCAGAAGCAAAUAAUCCUAUCAAGGACCACACUGCGUCUAAAGGAACAGUUCAGCCAAAAGUGAUGAUCAUGUAGUUGUAAGACGAGUAGUGUUGUUGUCAUAUGAUACUACACAACAAGUGCACUUGUACAGCUGGGCUUUAACUUCAAGGAAAAUAAAGUGGCCGUGAUCACGUUUGCUCAGAGUUACAACACUAGAGGACUCAAGAUCAAGUUUAAGUUAUGUUACUUUGAGGAUGAACAAAUUUGAGUCUUUAGGUCCCAAACAAGAGUCUCUCUGUAACUGAUUUCUAAAUAUCAGACUAUCAAAGCCGCUACUGGGGGUUUAAUAGUUUGAGGGAACCGGAACAAAGUUGUGGACACUGAGCAAACGCCGUUACAAAAGGCAAUUUCUGGGUUAACUAUUCCUUUUUCGGCUAGUUGUGGUUCUAAAAACAUCAUCUUACAUUUCAUCUGUACAGAAGUUGGGGGGAAGUGGAAAGGAUUUAGCUUGUUCCCCGGAUGUUCACCUAAGGAAAUUGACGCACCCAGUUAGAUAUUUGAAAAUGGAGUUCUUUGUACAAAAGGCAGUCCAUUCCACACGUUUACAGUCAGGGCAUUUAGCAGAUUGAGGGUUUUUCCGACCCACACGCUCAUAAACAGCUGGACUCCUCAUCCUCAUAUCCACACCGAUUGUUACUGGUGAUCUGAAUAAUUUGCUUUACAGCCUCUUGUCUAUUCGUGUAUGAAGAACUGCACCCUGGAGAAAUUGUAAAAUUCUGAUUAUAAUUGAGCUAACAUGAUAAUAUUUGACCUUUUGACAGUUUUUUUUUUGUUUUAAACGACAAUUGUGCUUGACUUGUAUAUGUUGUGUUCAGUAUUAGUGUGUUUGAAUGACAUGUCACAUGUA